GUCCCACACUCUGAAAUAUUUAAUAAUUCUUCCGCUCCUCAUUGUCCUCAAAUCGAAAUCAAUAACUUCUGUUUGCUUUCCUCUCUUCCUUUUACUUGCUAAGUUGUAGUAGUCUCACACUUCUCCAAAGAGAUGGAGCAACUUCAAGAACCUUAUUCAUGGAUAUUCUCACUUUUAUCAGAAAAAUUCUUCAACCCAUGUCUUCUCCACGAGUAUUAUAAGAAAAAUGAGAAGAAUAUCUUUUGUAUAGACUGCUGUACAACUAUCUGUACUCAUUGUCUUUGCUUCCACACCUCUCAUCGAUUGCUUCAGGUCCGCCGGUAUGUUUACCAGGAUGUCAUCAGACUCGAUGACAUGGAAAAAUUGUUCGAUUGCAGUUUUAUUCAGUCUUACAGCACAAACAAUGCAAAAGUGAUAUUUCUAAAUCAAAGACCACAAACGCGCCCUUUCAGAAGUAGCUCUGGUUCAGUCUGCUUCAGUUGCGAUAGAAGUCUUCAAGAUUUUAACCGUUUCUGCUCUCUAGAUUGCAAGGUGCAAUAUCUAGGAUCAAGUGAAGAAGGUUGUAUCUCGAGAUAUUUCUACGACUGUGAUUACUUAACAUUAUCUGAUUCCAACGCCCAAUUCGAUGCUGUAAAAGAGAUAGAUUAUGAUGACGAUGAGGAUGACGAUCAAAAGAGUGGUCAGAUGACUCCUACGUCGGUUUUGGACGGUGGGAUGUUGAUGAUAAACAUGAUGACGUCGUCGAGUUCAAGUAGUAACGGAAAUUUCGGGGGGGUUUCAACAGUUCGGUAUAGUGUUAGGCCAGAUAACGUUACGAGGAAAAAGAGAAGCGCUAUGUUUGUGGCGGGAAAUGUAUGUUACCGAAAUACCCCUCGUUCUGUCUGUAAUAAACGAAAGGGUGUUCCUUUUCGUAGUCCUUUCUUCUGAUCAAAAGUCAUAUAGCACGGGAAGGAAAACAGAGGAAAAAAACAAAUAAAAGAAAGCUGUGUAGCUAUUUUUUUCUUUAUCUUUUUUCUUGGAUUUUAUGUUUAAGAUUAUCGGCUGUAAUAUUUUGCUAAUUUUUUCUCCAAAAAAUUGAAAGUGUACCAAAUAAGAGAUGGACUUAGAACUUGGAAGGACACAAUAUGUCAAUAUAGUUUUGGUUUCUUUA